AUGUUAACAAUUGUAAUAGCGUUCAUCAUCGAUGUAUUUAUUCCCAAACUACUGAAUGUUGAUGAAUGCAGUCUUAUUCUACGAAAUUUAUUUCAUUUGAUAGCAACACCAUUUGUCCUCUUGGCCUAUUCGUUUGUUGAAUUUUAUGCAUUGCACGAAGUCAUUAUUUUCGGAAAGAAAGGGAUACAGCGACAUUACCGCGAGACAAUACCGCGAACGACAAUACCGCGAACGACAUUACCGCGAACGACGUUACCGCGAACGACAUUACCGCGAACGACAUUACCGCGAACGACGUUACCGCGAACGACAUUACCGCGAGACAAUACCGCGAAGGACACUACCGCGAACGACA